CCCUAUUCGCGGUACGGUAGUGGCAUGUAUGGCUCAUCGCUUGGAGGAUACGGCUCGUCCUAUGGUGGAUAUGGCUCAAGCUAUGGCUAUGGCAUGAACAGGAUGAACAUGGGAAUGAACGGUAUGAAUGGUAUGAAUGGUAUGAAUGGCCCUAUGGGGCCAGAAGAGAUGACGCUCAUGCAGCGCAUGGAGCAAGGAACUGCCCCGACGUUCCAAUUGAUUGAAUCUGUUGUGGGUGCGUUUGGAGGAUUUGCUCAAAUGCUCGAGUCAACAUUUAUGGCGACGCAUUCGUCAUUUAUGGCCAUGGUAGGUGUGGCCGAGCAAUUUGGUCAUCUGCGUGGAUAUUUGGGACAGGUCUUGAGCAUUUUUGCUCUUCUUCGAUGGGCUAAGAGUCUCGCGUAUCGUCUUGUCGGUAAGAAGCAGCCAGUCAACACUCAAGAAUUGACAGCGGGCAAUUUUCAGGAGUUCCAAGCUCAACCAAGAUAUUCCAAGAGGCCGAUUAUCAUUUUCUUGCUCGCCGUUUUUGGUUUGCCAUAUCUUAUGGGCCGCCUGAUUCGUGCCCUUUCCAAUAGGAGCCCACAGCCACAGCAGCAGCAGGGCAUGCUACCUGGUCAAGAAGGACAAGCUUUCACUUCAACCUCAGCAGCAGUCAACCCCCAGAGUUUGGAUUUUGCCCGUGCGUUGUAUGAUUUCACACCCUCAAAUCCACAACAAGAGUUGGGCUUCCGACGUGGUGACAUUAUCGCUAUUUUGAGCCGACAGGAUCCUAUGGGUCAGGAGUCUCUUUGGUGGCGCGGACGUCUUCGAAAUGGUGAGAUGGGCUUAUUCCCUAGCAACUAUGUUGAAAUCAUUAACAAA